AUGAGUCUAUCAAAAGACUUACCAGAGGUAGUGUCUGCACCUACACAUGAAGACUUCUGCAGCUACCUGCCCUGGGCGUGUCUGCAGUUUGGAGUACCAGCCGUUGUUGCUAUAAACAAAACAAUUGAAGGUAGUCUUAGUAAGCCCCAUCCAGAAUCCGGUAAGAUAAUAAAGGGCAGAAAAAUCUCUUCAUCGUUUCACCUACCUUUAGUAGAUGAAAAACAAUCUACUGCAGACCCAAAGAAUCCUAAAAUAUACAUAACAGCAGUUUUCAACAAUGCUAAUAAGUUGAUUAAACUUAUAUUUGAAAAUAAAAAUGAAACUAUACCGCGAGAAGUGAUGAAAGUUAUCAACCUGUUCAUACAUAAGCAAAUAGAUUUGAGAAGAUUGGGAAUAAAAAGUGGAGUAGACAAAUUUAUAAUACACGAAAUUAGUGAGAUACUAAAAGUGUCACAUCUUACAGAAAUAUGUCUAGACAAUUCCUUCGUAAAAGAAGGCAAUUACGCUGUUUUGCUCGACACAGAUAGCCUUCGAUAUCUCUCUUUAUCUAAAUGUAAAAUAAACGACAAAGUAAUAGAAGAAAUGUGUAAGAAUUUGGAAUAUCCGAAGCCUGCAUCGAAAUCACUAGUAGCUCUUGUACUUUCAACGAAUAUGAUAACAGACGAUGGAGCAAAAUUCUUAGGAGAAGCAUUGAGGUCAAAUAGAAAGCUAGCAUACCUAAACCUAGCAGAUAAUAGAAUUACCGAUGAAGGUGCUUCCUACAUUCUUGAUACUCUUGUAGAGUUUCGUUUAAGAACAGAAGAAUUAGUUGCAUCUAAAGGUAGAAAAUUUGCAUAUUUGAAAGAAAGAAAUACUGUUUCAUUAGAGAAAGUAAAUCAGAAAGAAAAUAAAAAAUCAACGAAAAGUAAAUUGAGCACAUCAUCAGUUUCUUCAAAGAAAGGGAAGCUUAAAGAUACUCUGAAAUCCCGCGAAAACUCCAAAGCAAGUGUGAUACUCGUAGCAGAUGAGACAGAACAUGAAGCAAGAACAAUUGAUGAAGACUUCCAUGACCCAUUUCAUUGCCCAAACAUAUACAUGAAAGAAGGAACAGCAUACUGCAAAGGGAACAACUCUCUUCUUUACUUGAAUGUAGCUUACAAUAAUCUUACUUAUGUAUCGUUAAAGAAGAUUCUGGAAGUGAUAUUAUACCAGAAGACAUCAGACAUAGGGAGAGGUUUAGUAGAUGUGAAACUAGACGGUAACUACUUGCCAGAAUGGGAGGAAAUGCAGGAGUUGGAUGAGUUACUCUGCCAGAAACGGUCUUCGGAGGAAAGCAUCAAAGCGUCUUCCAGAAGACGAUCAAAGACUUCCAAGCAUAGGAGAGAUACAGAAUAG